GUGUGGGUUAGUAACUACGUUUAUGAGAGAGAGAGAGACAGACAGACAGACAGAGAUUUGGACCGUGUGUUUGGGUUUUUUUUCUCUUCAGGAAAGUAAAUGAAAACGGACUGUUGCUUAAUUGUCCGGUGAAAAGCUUGUAAACAGAAAUGCGAAUUGGGAAUAAGAGCUUCCAUAUCUUGGAGGAAAACUGAAAAAUCUCACUGCAGUCUGAUAUGAGCAAGAUGAAACCCUUGCAGCUCCUAUGCCAGAACUGCAAUAUGCAAUAUGAGAAAAUUAAGGACUUUAAGGCUCAUGUCCGGAAUUCUGGACAUAAGCAGGAAGUGACGAGACUUUUUCACACAGCUGUACAUAAGGGACCAGUUUACUUCCCCAUGUUUGUUUUCCUGGAUUACUUGAGAAACCCAGACUGGGUUGAUCCACUCAUUGGGUUCGACAUGGUGACACUGUUUAUUACUCCUGAAAAAUCUGGUGAUUUUUACCUGUGCCAUGUAUGUGAGGAGCAGAUAAACACUGGUGAUGUUGUAUUGCAUCUGUGCUCUGUUCAACAUUACCUCAGAUACUUGGCCUGCACUAAUCCAGAGUUGCUGCGUUUUGCUUGGCUCAAUGACUCCUUUUCUUACCUGCAGUCCAGUGCUAUGAAAGAGUACACUACCAACGGUUCUGGUAACCUACGGGUUUUCGAGCUGCCAAAGAUGAUACUGAGGAAGUGUAUAGAACUGCCAUAUCAUCAAGUCAUGUCAGUGUUUUCUGAAACGGACAAGCUAAUGGAACGUAUCCAAGCUGGUUUACCACAGAGGAAAUCCAUUCAGGAGUACAUCGCUGACCCUGCCAGAUCUCAUCCAUUAUUGGGCCUGAACCUACUGCUUGAGUACUCUUGUCCAAAGAACGAGAGAUAUUGUGGGUAUCUUUGUAUUCUGUGCAAGGAGAAACUUUCAGCUAGUCAGACCAUCUCCCACUGCAUCAGCUUUGAUCAUGUUUACUUGUAUCUGAAAGCUGCACAUCCAGCCACGUUGGACUCUCCCAAGAGAAGUUACAGUCACUACAGUUUCCACAAGAAGAUUCUUUAUCUGGCGAAUCAGGCACAGAAUAUCUGCCCUCCAAUGAAAAUACAGAGUGUACAUCUGGACCUGGAGUGUUUUAAAGUUGUUAACUCCUCAACCUAUGCAAGUGCUCUGGAUAAGCUGCAGGUAAUAUGGAAAGAAAGGAACCAGAGCAAACUGAAUGUUAGUAUUACACCAGGAGAACGGAUCAUGUUUGCUUCGGAGGAUCAGGAGUCAUCUGCUAGCACAGCAAUGAGAGACCGCUCAGCAGAGCAACAAGAGGAGAAAAAACAAAUGGAAGGUCUGGUGACUCAAACUAGAGACAAUUCACCAUGCAGAAUUUUGUGUGUUGAAUGUGACCAGACAUUGAACUAUAUAAUAGAUUACAAGCAGCAUAUUAAGGGAAAGCAACACAGAAAGAAACUCAUUGAACUGUUUGGACCAGGCCAGUACAGUGGAGCCCUCUCUCAGAUUAAACUGUACCAGCACAUGUGGAAUCGCCAUGGCAGGAUAUCAUCUCCUCCACUCAUAGGCCUGCCACUGCUCACUGUGUUUGUACAGAGGCCUUGUCUGGAUUUUCAUACACCACUCUACCUGUGCCAUGCGUGUGAGCUUAAUAUUCCUGUCUCUUCCGUGUCUGUGCACCUUACAUCCACACAGCACUACUUCAAUGUCUUUUCAUACACCAAACCAGACCUUGUUUUUCUUGGAUCCCGGAAUCUGGUCCAGUUUGCACAAGAACAACAGGCUCAAGAAAAGAAGAUGACAGUCCUGCAAGUGUGUGAGCUUCCAAGUCAACAGCUUACGGAACUCAGGACCCUGGCCUAUGAAAGAAUCAUGGAAAGAAUUGGGAAGCACUCUUCAAAGCUGAGAAAAUGCGUUCAAGUUGAGAAGCGAGUGACACUGCAGUCGUACUCCAGAAGUAGUGAAAGGAAGUGUCCACUGCUUGGUCUGCAGUUCAUGGUGAAAUAUACUACAACCCAGCAUUAUUUCAAAAGUAAUUAUCUGUGCUUGCUGUGUAAAAAGAAGCUUCCAGAAAGGCAUGCCAUUACCCAUGUUUUGGGCUUUCCUCAUAUGUUCGCCUACCUUGAUAUGGUCCAUCCUGGUUCAUUGAGCAAAGAGGAUUCUGAGCAGGUGUCUCUUAUCAUGGAUUUGGCACAGCAGGCAGAGAAAAUCGCUCCUAAUAUGACUUUGCGGGAAGUGGACGUGAGCUUUGGAAAAUUUAGCGAAAUUGAAAAAAACUCCUCCUUUAUGUCUGCUGUGAAUGUGCUGCAAGUGAUUUUUAGAGAUAAAGGACUGGGAGAACUCAAACUUUCUGUUGUUCCUGGAGCAAGAUUGGUCUCCAGUUUUGAGACACACAAGGAGAAUAAUUCUUCAAAGUGUGAAAAACAAGGGCAUACAUCAUCGGACACAGAGAAGCUGAAUGUUGAUGGAACGCACACUACCAUGCCCAAAACAGAAGAGAAAUUGAAAUCAAAAUAUUCUGAUCUCUUGCAUACAGAACACAAAGAGCUUCUGAAAACCCCAUGUAUAACCUCAACACACAUACAGCCUGCUGAACCAUCAUUAGCCACAGCACAUUCUGGCUCGACAUCUUCACAGCCUUCUAUUUCUUCAUUACACAAAGAGCAAUCUGAGACCCUGAAAUUGGACCAGAAGUCUCUGACUCAAGAAGGCCUUCCUGACCACAACUCCAAGGAGCAUGUUCAAACUGUAAAACAGCCUCAAACUCAAGACUCAAAUGUACCUCAGCAGCAGAGUGGAGAACUCGCACAAAAACCUGUUGUGCAGGUGGAGGCUCUGCAGAUGCCAGCACAGUCUCCAGCUUGCUUGAAGGCAGGGACCCCAGCAGUUCCUCAGACCCACUUGUCUACAUGUACUGAACUCGGGUGCUACCUGAAGAUGCCCAACAGACAACCUGUAAUAGGUUUAAAAUCUGUGAUUGAAUGUUGCACUGUUGGUCAACAGCCAUUAUACGUGUGUGUCACGUGUGCAGAAAGAUGUGAGGAGAGCUCCAUAAUAAAGCAUCUUUUGAGCUACAAACACAGACUCCAGUAUUUGGAAUCUGUAGGCUAUGGUCCAAAGCUAGGUAAGAAAAAGGUGAGGACCAAAUGGUUGCAAGUUCAAGCAGAUGUGGUAGAGAAGAUGCAAGGAUGUGGAGAGGCGGAGACACUAAAGCUGGAUGCUAAAGAUUACCAUGAAAUCUCUAGUGCACCUAUUAUAACUGCUUUGGGAAAAGUAAGGGACUCUCUUCUCAAGCUGGCCUCUGAAAUCAGUGCUGAAAGCCCAAAGACAGCUUGUUCUGACGUCUCCAAAAGUGAUGAGAGCCAUGGAUCUGGAACAUUCAAAAGCCUAAAAGAAACUGAAGAAAAGGACAGUCCACGUGCUCACCUAAAAGAAAUCGUGAAAUCCACAGAGCCUGAAACUCCUCAACAAAAUCCUAACGAUCCUGCCCAGAGUUCACCGUAUUUAUGGACUUAUCUCACAAGCCCCACUCGAACAGAGCCCGUAAUUGGUUUGAGUAUGGUCACAGAAUAUCGUAAUGCCAAUGGUCUGAACUCCUUUCUGUGCUCCUGCUGUAAAGUAAUCCUUGCUACUCGCAAUUACAUGGGCCACCUGAUUAGCCCCCGCCACCGCUUAAACUACUUUAAAAGUAAGUACCCAGAGUUUGUUACGCUCUUGAAAAGUGAACUCAGCUUGACUGGCAAAAUUUCAGAGCUUCAAAAGAAAGCACAGUUUGUGCAGGACCGUGAGGGCUGGGGAUGCCUCAAGGUGGUAGAAAAAGAAUAUAAGCAGCCUCAAAAAAAGACAGAGCAGCCAUCAGAAGAUACUGAAAAUGAUACUUCAGUCAUGGCCAAGAAGCAGGAGCCAUCUCAAACCACUGGUGACACUGAGCCACAGGACCCUGAGAGCAGCGUGCCAAAACCUACAGAACAACAGAACAUUAAAAAAAUGAGCAAACGAAAUGUUGUGAUUGAUGCUGAGAACUCAGCCAAAGCCCAAAUACUGGAGUCAUCACAAGCUGGAGGUGACACUGAGCCACAAGACCAUAACAGCCAUGAAACAAAACCUACAAAACAACAGAACAAUAAAAAAAUUAAGAAACUCGGUGCUGUCAUUGGAUUGAAUUUUAUAACUUGUGUUCAUCAUGACAAAAAGAAGCUGUUCUUCUGUGAACUCUGCUCUGUCCGAGGGCAUUUAGACCACAUGUCUAGUGUGGCCCACAGGAAAACUUAUGUGAAAUAUAAAUAUCCUGAUUGGACUGCAAGUGGCACAGACAUGAAGAAGCUGUAUAAGAUAGCUUUGCGUUUGGCAGCAGUAGAGAGAAGCACUGGCAUGGGAAUGAGGAAACUGAAUGUCAGCGCUAAAGUCUUCACAGCCUUACGUACUGCUCCUCUUAAUGAAGCCCUGAGUCAGCUAAAAUCACUGCAGACAAAGCCAGAAGAUGGCAUGGACAUGAAAAUUCCUUCUUCCCAACCUGAGACUAGCACCUUGUCAAACCAUGAACAUGGUACAGUAUGUUCUGCUGCAACUACCAACUCUUUACAGCAGGAGAAUCAUUCAGGUCCAUAUGAAAGUCCUGAUCCUCUAAAUACAACCUACUCACACCACACCCCUUCUCUGAUUUCAUGCUGUCCUUUCUCAGUUCCUGUCUCAUUCGUUUCUAAUUCAUCUCCCUUUUCUAGAACAGUUUCUUUUCCUUUCUCAUCCUCUACAGAGCUCCAUGCUUCCCCUGGCCAUUCCAGCCACAUUUCUCCUCCACCACCAAGCCUUUGCAGCACCUUCUCUUCCACCUUUCCUUCACCAUCUCCUGUCCAUAUCCCAUAUCCUCUCUCCUCUCAACAUGAAAGUACCACUCAGUGUUUACUUGUACCCCAUCCCCUCUAUGAACCCAUAUCACCUCCAUCUGCAUCAGACUGCCAGGACAUAACCAGUGUUGCUCAUCCAUGUUCUUAUCCUGCACCUCCUGUGUAUGAACCCAUAUCGCCUCCAGCUGCAUCAGACAGCAAGGACUUAUCUGAUGAUGUACCUCCAUGUUCAUCUACACCUCCAUCUCCUGUCAAACUACCUCAUCACACAGAAUGGGAAAAACCUGGAGAUGGUCCUGUUCAUCAUGAGACAGGGCCGGGUGCCUUAACUUCAUAUGCCAAGUCCAAAGGAGCUAGUGGAUCAGAACUCAUUCAGUCUGCAUUUCCCUGCUCUCCUAUGUGUAGUCACUUCACGUGUAACCAGUCUGUCCUGAAAGAGGAAGACAACUGUCUAAAUGACACCACACCAUCAAAAACGUACUGUUUUCCAAACCUACCCACAGUGGUGGAACAGAGCCACGCCUCCAUGUUUCUCAGUGUGAAGGGACUUUCUAACACCGAUCCAAUUAUAGGUCUGUCUAAUAUAUUGGAGUGCCGAAGAAUUUCACAGCCAACUUUUUUCCUUUGUCUAAACUGUGCUGAGAAAGUUAGCAGAGAGAACUUUUGUGACCAUAUGACCAGUGAACGGCACCAGCACUUGUCCAUUAGGACUCAGUAUUGUGAGAUAUUUCAGCACUGGCCGCAGCAGAUGAUUCCUCAGAUGACUAUUCGUGACUUGGCUGAGAAAGUGGCAUUGACAGAAAAGGGAUUAGAUGCUAAGGUCAUCAAGUUGAACCAAAACCAGUACGAGUCUCUGUGUUCUGCAGACUUCCAUGACGCAGUUGAAAUACUCCAGAGGAUGUUUGGUCCAUGUUUGGAUGAGAACUCCCAGCCAUCGCAUCUUGCAAGCCUGAAUCAGAGCAGCAAUGAAAUCUCUACGGUGAGGUCAUCUCCAGAGUCUAUGGAAACUGAAAAAGAAAGAGAUCAUCAGUUACAACAAAGCUGUGACAACACAACACAAAUUCAGGAACCUUACAGUAGUCGAGUACCACUCAAAGAAUUUGACAGUGCACAGGGAAACCCUGAUACAAACAAUACAGCAUGCACCAACAUGCAGAAUUGGCUGCAGCAGAGUCAAAGCUCUCAAAAAGCCUUGCCAAAGAGUGUGGCUCAAACAUCACAGCCCCAGCAUCAGUCUGUGGUACAUAUAGAUCUGACAGCUGAGUCUGACAGCAGAAAAGCUUUGCUCCAUUCUCCUAAGCCAAUCUCUAAAAAAACAAAGGAAAACCCUACUAUAGAAACUCCAGAGUCAGCUGCAGAAGGUUUACAAGAAAGAAGGCUGUCUCACACGUUUCCUUGUACACCCACAUUCAAACAGGAGAAAGCUGGUCAUGUUCACAGUGGAGUAGACAUUACUCACACUUUGGAAGCGAAAAAUUCUCAAGAACCUACAGGGAAUUCCAUCAAGCACACUGACCUCAAGUAUAUAAACAAAAAUAGAACAGAGGCAGAUGCUGUGGUUGGUCUGAGUGCAGUGAUUGAGUGCAGAAGUGAGGGUCAGGCUUCACUGUACUUAUGUGUGUCCUGCUCCAGCAAACUCAACCAUGAUGUCAUCAACUACCACCUGGUAAAGUCUGGCCACAGAUACAGUUACCUGAAAACACGUUACCCUUCCUUGUUUGAGGACUGGUCUGAUUCCGAUAGUAGACCUGUAAGGUACAUGAGGCUCAUGAGGCUUGCUAACAAAGUAGAGAAAACCAAUGAGGAUGAACCUGGUCAGCUACAGGUGAUGAAACUGAACUAUGAUGACUUAAAGGAAAUAAAAGCCAUGCCAUAUGAUAAAGCCAUCAUACAUUUGCAGAAAAUCAGACAAGAGCAAAACCUUUGUGCUCUCAAAACUUGCAUUUCUCCCAAGAUCACAAAACGUUUGAUAAAACAGGAGAAGGUGGAAACAGAAGUGACAACCCAAUAUUCACCACAGCUACCUGGGAUGAUUUCACAGGAACCAAGGAGAGCUUUAAAGCGCAAGGUUGCUGAACAGGAUUUACCUCCUCAGUCCUUUCCAGGGAAAGAACAAUGCUCUGAUGUCCCAUCCAAUCAUAUGGCAGGGGACUGUUUCAUCGGGAAUAACCAAGAACCAUCAGAUUCCUCAGUAAAGCGAAGAAAGAUCUCUGAUAAUGAUUCAGACAGUGUUCCACAGCUCCAGAAUGAUGCUUCUGUUUUGACUACAGCCAAUCCAAAUAGAUCAUCAUGUUAUACACCGGCCAAAUUUCCAGAGACUUCUAGAGGUUCUCCCAGAAGUUUAGACCCCAGUUCUCAGAUUUAUAAGAAAACCACUUCCAUGGACGAAACUGUGCUUAAAAACAAUGAAAAUCAAGAAUCUUCAUCCAUUAUUGCACCUCAGCAAAAGGACUCUUGUCACAACACGAGUACCAUUCAUGCCCUCUGUUCUGUGAAGGGCCAGGAAAUUGCUCGACUGUCUGAAAAAAGACCAUUGGUGAAAAAGGGCUUAAGUGAGAAUGCCUGGAAUUAUGAAAACCGACAGUUUAGCCCUGAGACACCCAGUGUGGCAAAUACAACCCCUAUAGCUGACAGUUCUGCUGCUACUUUGGCUAUGGAGAAGCAAUGCAUUGCAUAUUCAUUGAGCAGUUACAAUGAAGUGCACAAUCCUCACUAUAACUGGAAUAUUCCUGAUAAAAGUCUGGACCCCAAUCUGACUCAUAAUGCUAAUGCAAAUUUUUAUCUUUCAAUGAUCGCUGGAUAUGGCACACCAAACUCUGUGACCAAUCAAGUGACACCUGAAAAUGCACUGUCUUAUCAAUAUCCCAUGCAUAAACAUCCUGAUUACCCUUCAGUUAUUCCUGUAUCUAAUACAGUGGCACCUGAUUAUUUAGUGCCAGUAGGAGAAAGGGCCAUGAAUUAUGAAGCAGCUGCCCCAGAUAUUUCUACAAACGGCACAUACUUAACGAGUUCAAACUCGCAUACAGUUUUUCAGUCUCAACCGGUUUACCAGCCAGUUCGGUUAUUCCAGGACCCAGAGACACAUCAUUCCUACUAUGCUUACUAUUCUUAUAAUCAGACACUUCACGCUAACCAGAUGGCAGCAGACAAUGAAAAUGUCACUUCCACACCUGCAGCUGAACCUGGUGUUUACACACUGGCUAGCUGGCCACAAAAGAAGAACUGAAGAAGAAACUGCCAAAGGAGUUCACACAUGCUGCUGAAAACAAGUGAAUAACCAAAACAAUAAGCAAUUAAUCUUUUGUUUGGAAAAAAAAAAUUGUUUUUUCCAGUUCUAAGUCAUUUACAUGAGGUCUUGUUUCUGUUCUAUACAUUUAUCUGAAUUACUGUUUCAUAGCUAGCUGUUACCAUUCCAUGAAUACAUGUGAUGUUCUGUAAAAUUUCUGUAAUGGUCUUUUAUUGGUCCAAUUAGCUUUUGUCUUGUUUUAUUAGAGAGAAGACUACUUUGAUUUUUCUUUUAAAUAGUUUUACCUAGACUGUUGUAAAUGCAUAUUAUUUUGAAAGGGAAUACAUAUUUGAAUGAUUUUGUGAAAGCUUUUGAUUUAUUUUCUAUUUUAUUUUAUUUCUACAGAUAUAUUUUGCUGAAUAAAACUGCAGAAAUGUU